GGUUGAAACAUCUUUGCCAGCCAAGAUGGAGCCGGCAAAGGUUCAGGAUGAAAAACCCGCAGUGAAAACUACACUGCAAUGGCAGCGUGCAGCAUUGAUGGCCAAGACCAUUACAGCCUUUAAGGAGACCGUUGAUGUGGAUAGCGACGAUGAUGUGGAUAACAAACAACAAAUCAAAUACGGUAAACCAUCUCAGGCAGCUUGGGCCAUAUUCUCGGAAUAUUGUGACAACAGUACCAUCCAUGGCAUCAAAUAUUUGGGUGAACAAAAGAGACCCGUCUGGGAAAGAGUAUUUUGGAUUAUGGUCUUUGUUUUCUCCAUAUACCUGUGUACCUCGCUGACCAUGAACAUUUGGAACAAGUGGAAUAAUAAUCCGGUUAUUGUGAGUUUUGCUGAAAAAUCCACACCCGUCUGGCAAAUUCCCUUUCCGGCUGUUACCAUUUGUACGGAAACGAAGGCCAGACAAACAUAUUUCAAUUUUACGGAUAUCUAUUGGAAAUAUCGAGAUUAUAUCGACAACAGAACAACGGAAAAUAUAUCAGAUGACGAGAAGACAAAACUCAGCUCCGCUCUGCAAGUAUGUGAUUCACAUUUAAUCCAAUUCCCCAUUGGAUCAAACUAUAGUGAUAGCGCAGAACUUCUUGCUACCCUGCGUGAUUUAAUGCCAGAAUUUGGGGAAAUUUUCCAGAAAUGUAAAUGGCGUAAUGUUGGCACAGACUGUACCGAACUAUUUCACACCUUUGUAACAGAUGAUGGGCCAUGCUAUACAUUCAAUACGUUAAGUGCCUUUGAAAUUUAUCGUGAUGAAGGUUUAAUACAUGAUUUUAUAUUGCACACUGAAAAUCGCACUGCCACCGAUUGGAAUGUCGAAGACGGCUAUGCUGCCAAUGCUGACACGGAAACUUAUCCAUAUCGUGUUUUGGGUUCCGGAUCUAAGGCUGGAUUAAAUCUGGCAUUGAGUGGUAAUGAAGACGAUUUCGAUGACCUGUGUCGUGGUCCAACACAAGGUUUUAAGUUGCUUCUACAUACACCGGGAGAAAUUCCACAAGUAACAAAACAAUUUUUCCGCGUACCAUUUAAUCAGGAAGUUUUAAUAGCCAUUAAACCGAAAAUUAUUACAACAUCUGAUGGCUUGAAGCAUUACGAACCUAUUAGGCGUCAAUGCUAUUUCCAAAAAGAACGUGAUUUACGUUAUUAUCAAAUCUAUACACAAAGUAAUUGUGAACAGGAGUGUCUGGCCAACUUUACAUUGUCCAGAUGUGGUUGUGUAAAAUUCUCUAUGCCAAGACAUGAACAAGUUCCCGUGUGUAAUACCGAGCAUGUGGAGUGCUUAAAUAAUGCCGAAGAUGAAUUGGCCCUAAAAGAAUUCGAACAGGGUAUAGCAACGUCAGGUGAAAAUGUUCGUGGUCCAACGACAUGUAACUGUUUGCCAUCAUGCACUUCCAUUGCAUAUGAGGCAGAAAUAUCGCAGGCAGAUUAUGAAUAUGUCAAAGCUACUAAUAAAGGAAACUCUACCGAAUCGGAAGAAACAAGUCAAGAAAUCAAAAGAACUCGUCUAUCAAUAUUCUUUAAAGAGGCUCAAUUCCUUACCUCGAAACGUUCCGAGCUGUAUGGUACAACAGAUUUCCUUGCCAAUUGCGGUGGUCUAUUGGGUCUUUUUAUGGGUGUCUCUACGCUCAGUAUUGUGGAGAUUAUCUAUUUCUGUACGGUUCGUUUAAUAACCAAUUUGAAAAUGCGUUACAAGAAACGCAAGGAAAUGAUUAAUGAUGAAAAGGUUGCCACAAAGGAUGCUUAA